AUGGCUCCGAGCUUGCAGGAGCUGAUUGACUUCCUACUCAACGAGGUCGCCCUUUGCGGCAAUCAAGGCGCGACCGUUUCAGAAGUCCUCAAGGCUUCUGAAGCUUUUUAUGAGGAGAGAGCUUCCCAGGACACAAGCCAGCGACGUCAAAAUGUCGAUCGUCGUUUCAAAGCGAAGCUAUGGUCCUGGCUGACGCACCACCCAGAGAUUUCGGUGGGAAAGGAAAACCAGUGGCAAGAUCUUACCCUGGACGAUGUUGAACGGCUUGAAAGCCAGGGCCAGCAAACGCUAGAAUCUCCCGAAGCAGAGGAGACGGCACAUGAUGAAGAACCGGCUUCUGCUCCAUCAAUCGCAACGCAAGUACGAAUUUUCGUCUCGGCGGAGCGAACUUGGCAUGCGAUUGCCGGCCACGCGCCUGACGAUACUAAGGUUCCUGCCUCCGAAUUUGCCCUUUUGUCCAUCAUCGCCUCCCGCAAAUCAGCAGGCAUAGAUCAAGUACAGCUGGUAAAAGCCAGCGGCCAGGACAAGAGAUCCAUACCAAAGCGAACAGACGCCUUAUUGAGGAAGGGGUACAUCGAAAAGCGGGCUAUCCAAAUUAAAUCGGCUCGGACUAGCUUGUGCACGCAUCGCCGAUUCGUGAACGCCCCGCCGGAUUCUCAAAUCGCCACCCAGGAACGAACGCAUAUUGAUCUUGGGCUUUUCACGACCCGGCUUUUUGACAUCCUCAAAGAGCACAAAAUAAUUUCCCGCGAUGAUCUGAAAAAGCAUUUGGGGUUUCAAGACCGCUGGCGCUGGAAAAUCCUGUCUCGAGCUCUUCGAAAAUUCGAAAUGAUCGGAGUUCUCAAGCGCGUGAAAGCAGAGUCGCAAUAUCAAAAGUUGCAUCCAUGUGUCAUGCUCCUUCGUGAGCCAACUGCGAAGGAUAUAGAGAGGUUUCACGAGUCAGACGGUGGCGACGUCAAUGCUGACGCAGACGAUCGGGCAGAGUUAGAUGAGGAUCUAGAGCUGGAUACUAUUGAGCAAAAUCCUGAAGCAGACGAUGGAGACGUGGAUACCAAGGCAGAGAAACAUGUCGUGAGCUCUGGACGGAUCGUGCCAUCAUGGAAUCCAGAUCGCCCUUUACCGAAUCAAAUAUUUGACGCUGUCAAUAAAGCCGGUUUUCACGGGCUCACGAAUCAGGCUGUCAAUCGAAUUUGCUUUGGAAGCUUCUAUCGGCGACCAUCGGAGAGCAUGCUGCAUCGUUUGACUGAUUGCUGGCAAAUAUCUCAGCCACUUCAUCUCAGACACCUCACAAUUGUCCGAGACACAGCUAUCGAAAAGACUAUAAUUUUCUACCAGAACUUCUCAUUCGAAAGCUUCCGCAAACGUGUCGAGGCUGGCGAAGCAUCCUGGGAGUCCGUUGAAUUCCCAAACAAAGGCAAAAGAAAUAAUGAGAUCCCGGCAAUCGAUGCUACAGUUGAGCUUGACCAAUAUGGGCUACCUAUAUAUGGUCCCCCCAAAGGUCUAUUGAACAAUGGCAGAGCCAGUCUUUUUGAAGGGAUAGUGCAUGGUAAACCACCAGACUACUGUUAUUCUAGCAGUGAUCCUUCGGUAAUCCAGCUCCCGAAUGGAGAAUUUGGUAAGUCAUCAUUCACGCCCACCCCCUCUCCCUCCCCUCUCCCCGAAAGUCUAACAAUUGCAACUAACCAUGAAUUGCGACAUCAAGUUCUUAACGCUGGGCAUGUCAAAUUCCAGCCUGGGAUGAAGAGAAAGCCGGCCGGCCAAGCGACGCCUCUUCGUAUGUUUGGUCGUCCUAAAGGUUUGCUUAAUAGCAAACCGAGCGUGGCUGGGGAAGGAAGCCCUGAUCCGGGAACACAAGACAGUCCAGACUCUUUCCGACAGCCCAGGGGAACAAAGAAUAAAAAAGACAAGUUCCGGGGUCUUUCAAGGAAGGAGCGAUUUGAAGCACUGGGACUGGAUGAAACUUGGACCGAGUACAAAGCUCUUGUCAUGGACAAGCCCUCUCCUGGCGUUUACAUAACACCCCAGGGAAAGCGAAGACCCGCGGGCAAGAAGCAAGGUCGACCAAGAAUUAGUCGAAUCGCAGUCUUCAAAUCCGACAAGCUGCGCGACUUCCCAUGGUUUGUUCAAGAGUGGAGUGGCUCGGACGAAGAAGAUGAAGCAGCUGCGGAAGAGACAGCAACAGUAAUCACUUUGAAUGCUGAGGAAGUUCCUCUUAAUGCCGAAGAGGGGUCUUUAAACAACGAAGAGAGACCCUUUAAUGCUGAAAUGGCUGGUGACAUGCCCCGCGUCUCUUUGAAGCGAGCCCGAUCUGCUUCGAGCCUUGCUGAAACCCCUACUCCAGCCUCGAUGAUCUCACCGAAACGGAAAAGGGGUAGGCCUCGCAAAGAAGAUCAAUUGAAAGAAAAAGGCAAAGCCCGCAAACAAACCAAGGGCAAGCCUAAACAGAAGACGUCAAGAACAUCGGGAGCCACGAAUGUCCCUUCGAAAACACCAACUGCACCAGUCCUUAUCGAGAAUUCAACACAAGAGGAUGCCGCAACAACAACAACAACCAAGCAUUCUUUGAGCGCUGAAGACACUCAAGAAGCAUCAUCUAACAAACGCCAGCGAACCGCGUCGCCGGAGCGGGCUACUGUGACAAAUGGGACACAGUUGUCUAUGCCAGUCAACCCCGAUGUGCCCGUUAAACAGAAACCAACACCAGCAUCGAAGACAAAGACGCCAAUGGCUAAAGAAACUCCAGUUGGUGGUGCCACAAAGGAAAAGAGUCAAAAGGCCGCAGCGGACAGAGGUGGCUCCGUCAAUUUUCUUCGAAGGAAGAUCAUCUUGGGUAUCGUGGAGAAGGCGGGAGGCGCGUAUCCUGCCGGUAAUGAAAUCUGGUAUCCAUUUGUUUCUGAAUGGAUGAAUUUGAAAUACAAAGGGAAACCAGACAUGCGCACCAUCAAGGCAUCGAUCGGUUAUCUGGUUGAAACCGGCAAGCUUCGACAGCAUACCUUCAGCGGCAAAGAUCUCGCCGGAGUAAUGAUCACGAAGACGAUAAUUGCGAUGCCGGAAAUUGCGCCAGACGACCCGGUAAUCAAAGACAUGCAAGACAAAAUGCUGGCCACCGACCGCAACAACCCGAGGGUUUCUUUCUCCCCAAAUGUUACCGUGCAUCCUGAUUUCUCCAAACCUAGCAACAGCGCGGUUGGGAAAAGGAAAUUCGAAUUACCGGUUGUCUCGGGUACCCAGGUUCAUCUGCAAUCAGUACCGGCUUUCGUUCGUACGGCUGAAAGGUUGCGAAAACAGAGAGUCGAACGAGCGUUAUACAAACGUCUCAUGAAGAAGAACCAUGACUGGGAUUCUGAAAAUGAUGAGCCCCUUGGGCCCGGGCGACUCAAGCGACUUCGUGGUCCACGAGGAGAUCCUGGAUCGACAAAUAUCGUCAGGUCGAAGCGGACGGAUGGCUGGCUACGGCGCUUGCUUUCGACGGGGCUUGGGCAGAGGAUUUUCAGCUUUGGGCCGUAUGCAAUGCUUAUGAAUCCACAUCAGACAUUUCAUCCCAACACAGGCACCUUCUCUACGCAGCCUGCCAGUGGCCUGGACCCGAAUCGCUUGAUGAAGAAAACCCCAGCCAGGACUCCGUUUGUUACGAAGAUCAUUGGGCCGCGUGCAAUGCUCAUGAAUGCACAGCAAAUAUUCCACCCUAGCACAGGCACUUUUGCUACGUACUGCGGUCGGAACUUGACCCCAGUGAUGAGGAAAAGCGCAAUCAGGUUUCCAAGUUCUAUUGGUGAUAUCUCAAAAUUGGCGACCACAUCUUCGGAUGACUACGACUUCUUCAAAACCGUUGAUCAAAUCGCCAGAUGGGAACUCAACAAUGAGGAAAUGUUUGAUAACACGCCUGCUGAUGGGCAUUACAUUUCGCAUGCUGUCAGUGAUAACUUCCAGAGUGCUCCCACUGGUGGUUUAAUCCGCUUUGAUGUCGAUGAGCCGGCCCCAGAGCCUAGACGGGGCAGGAGACGUCUGGUGAGCCAGAGAGGACAACCAACGAAGGGGCAACCACGCCGCGAACGACGAUUGCAGAUGGUCGAUGCGUUUAUGGCAGCCUCUCAAAAUACCCAGCCAAUUAGGCAAGCCGCACCGUCUGCACCCCGACAUGGCAGGCGACGCAAUCUCCAACCGAUCCCUGAGUCCUUACAUCGAAAGAUCAUGCUUGCCAUCGUUGCUGUGCGAGUUCUAGCAGGAGGGUCAGAAUCCAGACACGUCGAUUGGGAUCUUGUGGCUGCUUGUUUUCCCGGUCAUGAUGCGCAAACCAUGAUUGACCGGGGGCGAAAUGUCCUCAGCAAAGCCCGCUUGCAAAUCUUGAAGAUGCAGCACGACUUCCAGGAGAAGUUCUUAGAGGCCUACGCUAAGGACGAGGUGCCUCCAAUUGACUACGCGAACCUGGAAAAAUAUCCUUGGCCCACCUUGAUUGAAUGGGCAAACUUCCAACUCGACGUUUCCACGUCCGAGAGGGCUCCUUCUCUCCCGGCAACCCGUGAACAAUUUGAUGAAAUCUUCGUCAUGCGCGAGGAACCCAUCCCUACCGCUGAUGAGAUCUUCAUCACCACCUCCGGCAUUACCGUUAACCAAAAGCGCGCAAUAAUGUCUCGAGUCCCAUUUGCAGCGACGAUAGACAGCGGCACCGAGAUUACGCCAAGUCGACGACAGGACGAACUCAGAUGGAACGAACUCGUCAAGUCAUUUGUUCGUGCCAACAUUGUCACUCCAGAGGAUUCACACGAUCCCAUCAAAGCCAAGACAACCCUCCAGCGCUUCGGCGAACAUUGUGUCGAAUAUGCAGUGCAGACCCUGAUCCGGGACCGUGUCAUCAUCACGAGUAAUCAUGGUCGUGUCACACCAGGCCGCAACUACGAUAUCACCGAAUACAUGCUCCAGCAACUGAACCGCAAACGUCUCAUCGAAAUUGGCAUUCUGAGAAACGCCGCCAAUUACAAGUCAUCCGUUGUUGACCCGAAGCUGCAACAAGAGGCUUUCCUCGACGUGGAGUACAUUGCACCAGACGCUCACAUCCUCGCCAUAGUCAACCUCUUCGCCAAUGGCCGCGUCGAUCUCGUCCCACGUGGAACCCCAAGGAACAAAUUCGGUCUUACGGAUGAUGGAUAUCUCACUCGACAAAUUGACAAAGCCAAGCUCCACUUUGCGGUUGAGGUGCGCCCGAGAGAAUCCUAUGUCUACGGCAACCCCAUUCAAGAGAUUGCCGCCAAUACUCGACGACCGCCGCUAUCGGCCCCUGUCAUUGGGGAGAUGCGGAUGAUUCCGCUCUGGAUGGAUCUCAACGGCCAUCUGGUACGUCCGUUGUGGGAAAUGGCUGUUUCAUCGAUCCUGGGAUGCUUGGCGUUGCGUGAAGGAAUCUCUGCCAAGGGCAUUGGCAGCAUGAUCAAGCCAUCUAUGGCCCCUUGGGAAAUCGAACUUCUGCUAGGCUGGCUUGCAGAAAUCGGUGUUGCGCGAAAAUGGCAAUGCGGCAAAGAGACACGGUGGAAAGUACUGGAGUGGUGGUGGCUAACUGUCCAUUGA